CAUGGCUGCCACCGGGAAAGGUGGCUUGUUGGCACGUUCAGAUUUUCCGCUGUACACGGUGAAUGCGUUGGAUGAAAGGCAUUUUAUAGUUGCAGGCGGUGGAGGUGCUGCAAAAACUGGAGUAGUAAAUGCAAUUGAGGUUUAUGAAGUAAAAGAGACAGAAAAUAAGUUGAUAGCUAGUAGUAUAGGUAGACACGAUACAGGAACUAAAGCUGUUAUGAAUGGAUGUUGUCAUUAUGAUGGUAGAAAACACAUAUUAGCAGCAGGAUUAGAUGAAAAGUGUCACAUAUAUUCAUUAAAAUAUAAAGUUGUUUCUCCCAAGAAAAACUCAAGUAAAACAGAUGACACAGUUCGGAAAAGAAAAUCUAAUAAUGGUGCUGAAGAAAAUGAAACCAAGCAAAUUAACUUUGACAUUGAAGAAAUAGACAGUUUUGACACUGACUUUAAUAAAGAUGGAAGUUUUCAGAAAACUGUACAAUUUAGUAUGGAUCAGAAAUUUUUAGCAACAGGUGGUGCUGAUGGUUUUCUUCGUGUUUGGAAGUAUCCUGAAUUGAGUAAGAUAUUUGAAGUCCAUGCACACAAAGGAGAUAUUGAUGAUGUAGCCGUAAGUCCUGCAAGUGAUAAAAUAGUAACAGUUUCUAGAGACCACUGUGCCUGUGUGUGGAAUGCAAAAGAGGGGAGUAAAGACUGUGAACUUAAAUGGCCGUUAAGUGAUCAGUAUCGGCAUAGAGCGUGCAAAUAUGGUUUAAUAGAGGGACUCAAAGACAAUUUUAACUUGUACACAAUUAGUAUACCUGUAAAAAGAUCACAGAAUCCAGCACCAUGUUACCUCGCUAUGUGGGAUAGUAGUAAAUUUACAGUAAAACGAAUGGUCAGUACUGGAGUAGAGGUGCUCUCAGCAUUGGCUCUCAGUGAUGAUGGAACCUAUGCCGCUGUCGGUACUAUCUCAGGAAGUGUUGCAGUCUUUAUCUCUUUUAGUUUACAGAAAUUAUAUAGUGUCAGUGAAGCUCACAAUAUAUUUGUGACAGGUUUAGAUUUUUUGCCGAGUUCUAAAGCCACAGAGGAAGUGACGGGAGAUAAAGAUUUCACAUUACUCAGUAUAUCAGCUGACAAUACCAUUCGUGUUCAUCAAGUUGCCAAACGAGGAUCAUACAGUAUUGUGUGUUUACUUAUUGGACUGGUAGUUAUAGUUGUGUUGUUAUUCAUCUUCAUGUCAGAAAUGGGUUUAUGACAAGAGUUAUCCCCCAUUCUUAGAUGGCAGCCAUUAACAUUCCAUCAAAACUAGUGGAUCUGAUUGGUAGAUCAUGAUUGGAUUAAUUGAACUUCAAAGUGAAUUAAAAUUACAAUGCUGUGAUAGACAAUUAACUUUUUAUAAUGAUCUUAUUAAAAGGGCUGAGGUAUACAAUAUUUUAUAUGCUUUACAAUGUAUUAAAUAUAACUUGCAAUCAUGAUAUCAGCUGGCUGGUUAUUUAUUAUAAUUCUCAGAACUCUGAUAUUAUAAAAAAAGAUAUGGUCGACCACUGAAAAAAUUAUUAGAUUUUCUAGUUGUUACAAAAUUUUGAGUGUAUGGGACUGUAUUCGUUUUAUAAAAAGAUAUUAACUGUAAAUUCUCAACCUGAAAAGGGAGCAAAGAUCUUACCAGGUUGAUUGUGGAAAAAUAACAAUCUGUUUGUUCCAUUGUUCAACAAUACAGAAAAGUCAGAUAAUAUCCUCUGUCUCUUGUUGAAAUGGAUGAAUUCACUGCAAUAGAGCAUUGAAAAUUAUAUUGAUAACGGAUAAAGAGAAACCAUGUUAGUCACUUCUCAAUAUCAGAUUAGCUUUUGAAAAAAAAUUGUCACAAAUUUUACCCUUGUAAUGAAUGGGGAAAAUUGCAAUAUAAAACACAUGCAUUUAUCAUUAUUUGUUAAUUGUUGAAUGUCUUCUGCUUAUAUUUUAUGUACUUUAUUUGACUUGCAGAAGGGUCUAUUUCUGAAAUAAUUUGAUAUAAGCCAAGACGAGUUUGGUAUAAACAAGGGCUAAUUACACUGGUUCACAACCAAAUGUCGACAUGAAAUGUUUAGCUGUCAAUUGAUUUUUAAAAGAAAACUCACACUUUCACACAACUAGAUUAUCAUGUCCCCCGACAUUUUAUAUGAGGAGACAUUCAUGUUGUGUUUUUGUCUCCCCUGUCACAACAAAAUCUUUAAAACAAAUUCGUAAUUUUACACCGGAAUGGAACAAAACUUGAUAGGAUUUCUUGAUUUGAAGUUGUACAUCCCCUAUAUUAUUUGGUUUCCCCCAGAGCCUACCAUGGAGUUUAUAUUGCUACAUAUUACAGGGGUUUGUCAACAAAAUCUAUUGUUCUUCAUAUUGUAUAUUGUUCUCCUUCCAUUUUGUUAUUUUAAUCAGGUUGAUUUUUAGGGUUUCCAACCUCCAAAUCUGGUGGGGACUUUCCCAUUACUAUAUAUUGUUUCUCAAUGGAAAACUUCUUAGUUUAAGUAGAAAUAAAAUGAAAUAAAUUUAACGAAUUGCAUUAACACGUGCAAUUGUGAAUUUCAAAUUUUUUUUAAUUUUUUUUUUUCAGUUAUUUAUAUAGAGUUACAGCUUCUGUAUCAUUGAUAGGACACUUAUGUUUUUGUGUAUAAAACUAACUUUAUCUUGUCAAAUUUUAGGACAAGCAUUUCUCUAAUUUUGGAAUAUGUUUUAGGUACUCUUGUUUAAAUGUUGUAAUUUUAUUUUGUUCCUGUAGAAGGUUAUUUUAUCUGUUAAAGGUUAUAUAUUUAUUUUAUUUAUUAAAUGAUUUAUGAAAUCACUAUGUAUGAAAAAUAUCAAGUAAAUAAAUAAAAAUUGAAACUUA